AUGUCCCAAGUAACUUACGAGUCCUUAUUAGUCAACGAUCCUUUAACUGGGUACGACGAUGCCAAAAAGUAUGCUGAAUUCGUACCCAAGCUUGAAGCUUAUAGAGAGAAAUUGAUAAACUCAAUUGACCCAGAGUAUGCAAUUGUUUUGCCCAAACCCAUCGAGGAAUUGUACGCAGACCAGUUUAAUGCCAUCAAGUAUUUGUACGAUGAGAAGCUUUUGAGUGAAGAAGAACUCGCAAUUACCAACUCUUCCGGUACUGACUUGGCCAAAAAGAUAGCAUCUGGGGAAUUGAAAUCGGUUACUGUUUACAAAGCAUUUGCCAAGAGAGGUACCAUUUGUCACCAGUUAACCAACUGUGCGUUGGAGAUUUUCACCGAUGAGGGCUUGGAGAGAGCUGAGUACUUGGAUAAGUACUACGAACAAAAUGGUACAACUGUUGGUCCUUUUCAUGGUUUACCAAUCUCCUUGAAAGAGCACUUGUUCUAUAAGAACAAAGUCUGUCACGGAUGUUUUGUUGGUAAUAUCGAAGAUGUUCUGGAGGUCCAUGGUGUUACCACCCAAAUUUUGGAAAACUUGGGUGCUGUUUUCUACAUCAGAACCAACCAGCCCCAAACAUUGAUGCACUUGUGCAGUGAUAACAACUACAUUGGAUGCACCCGAAACCCGUACAACCUAGGAUUAUCUCCUGGUGGUUCUUCUUCUGGUGAGGGUGCUCUUGUGUCUUUCGGAGGUUCUGUAGCAGGUGUGGGGACCGAUAUUGGGGGCUCUAUUCGAGCUCCGGCAGCUUUCUCUGGGUGUUUUGGCUUGAGACCAUCCACCAAAAGAAUUUCCGUAAGAGGAGGUAGUGCUUUGGAUGCUGGACAAGAGAGUGUGAUAGGAGUUGCUGGUCCUAUGACCAGAAGUGUUGACGAUAUUGACAUGUGGAUGAAACACUAUAUCAACGAUGGUAAGCCUUGGUUAUUGGAUGAGCAGGUUAUCAACAUGCCUUGGAAAGAAGUGGCUCCUCCUAAACCAUCUGAAUUCACCGUGGCAAUCAUGUACGAUAAUGAUUUGUUGAAGACUACUCCGCCAAUAGCUAGAGGAUUGAAGGAAACGGCUGCGAAAUUAGAAAACGCGGGAGUUAAGAUUGUUGAGUUCAAGCCAAUUAAGUCUAAGUUGGCCUAUGAUGUAGUUCAUCAAAUGUAUACUGCUGAUGGUAAUAUCGGAACCAAAGCUUGUUUCCAAAAGUCUGGUGAACCAAUCGUCAGAUUAACCAAGAAUUACUUGAACUAUGGAAAAGGUAGCAAGGGUCUUACCGUAACUGAAAACAGAGAAUUGAACGAUAUUAGAAAUGAAUUAAGACAAGAGUACACUGAAUUCUUAGUCAAGAAUGAUAUUGACUUUAUCAUCAGUCCAACGUACGCAAAUGUUGCUCCAAAACCCAAGGAAAUUUACAACUGGUCGUACACUUCUUUGUUUAACAUCCUUGAUUUCCCAACAUUGGUGUUCCAAACUGGAUUAUUCCAAGAUCCGAAAGUAGAUAAGUGGGAUGAUUCCUUUAAGGAUUAUAAAUUUAGAAGUCCUCUGGAGGAGUUAGAAUUGACCAGUUAUGAUCCCAAAGAAUUCGUUGGUGCCCCAAUUGGAUUACAAUUGAGUGGAAAGAGAUACACUGAUGAAGAUGUUGUAGCUGCUGGAAAAACAAUUGUAGAUAUCUUGGGUGUUAACUUACUUAAAUAG